AUGGAAGUACCUCCGGACCGGAGAAGCUCUCUCACAGCCCUCGCACCCCCUGCGGGCUGUGGGGUUCUCAAAGUGCUCGAUACUGCAGGCGUGGUCGGGAGUCCAUACAAGGCUUUUGGAAACAGUGCCUUGGGUGAUCAACGGAGCAAAUCGUAUGCCUUAAAUAAUACGCAUGCACACACGAGACUUAUUAUCACAGCUCCUCAACCCCAACCUGCCCUUGUCGCAAAAUCGACUGGGAUAUUAUACUGCUUUCUUGAUCAAGGCGCAGUUGUUGACGAGGGUCACCAAACAUGGAUUUGGUCAGUUGCUUUCUCCCCUGACGGCAACUCGGUCGCAUCUAGCUCUUACCGAACCAUCCGCAUCUGGGAUGCACAACGCCCAUUGGCCUCAAAUGAGUUAUUCGGGGGUCACACAAACUGGGUCCACUCGGUGUCAUACUCCCCUAUUGGAACCCUCAUGGCUUCCGGGUCUAUGGAUGGUACGGUUCGCCUUUGGAAUUUGAACACUGGUCGGCAAGAGGGUGAACCACUGGUCGGUCAUACCGGUUGGGUACACUCGGUAGCCUUUUCCCCUAAUGGCCGUCAUGUUACCUCUGGUUCCAGCGACUGCACUGUCGAACUGUGGGAUGUUCAUAGUAGAAAUUCGGCUUGUAAUUCACUCAAAGGUCACUCUGAUGUCGUUUGCUCGGUUGCAUACUCCCACAACGGUACCCAAAUUAUUUCUGGUUCUUGGGACUACACGAUUCGUCUGUGGAAUGUUGAGAGUGGAAAAACAGUAACGAAGCCUAUCUGUGGACAUACAUCUAGAGUUCGCUCAGUUGCUUUUUCUCCAGACGGCUCUCAGAUCGUCUCUGGUUCAUGCGACAAAACAGUGCGGUUAUGGGACGCUCGUAGUAAAAAAAUGGUUGACAAACCAUACAGAGGCCACGCGGGGUCUGUGCGAUCUGUUGCAUUUUCUCCAAAUGGCAUAUACAUUGCAUCUGGCUCCAUGGAUAACACAGUUCGUGUAUGGGAUAUCAGAACUGGGCGCGAGAUCAGCGAACCAUUCCAAGGACAUUCCAGCUCGGUGUAUUCGGUCGCGUUUUCUCCUUGUAGUAAACGUAUUGCGUCUGGUGGUACCAGUAAAAAGGUAGUAAUAUGGAGUCUAGCGGAUACUGGACCCGACGCGGACCUUCAUUCUUCAGCUCACAUUAAAGGCGAUCUCAAGCGAAUUGAAAUUGGAGACAUACAGCCAAUUAGCAGGUGCAUGUCACUUCACGGGUUGUUCGAUGCUCUUUUAAAUCACGGGUGUACCGAUUUAUCAACGAGCAUGGACCCACGUCAGGACAACGCAACGUUAGCUUCGGGGGGUGGGUUUGGUGAUAUAUGGAGAGGCGAGCUACACAACCGAUCUAAGGUUGCAAUCAAGGCAUGGAGAACGUUUUUAAUCGAACAGAGUGAUUACAAAACUCUUAAGCGCGCCACGCGCGAAAUCUAUUACUGGUCAAAAAUGAAGCAUGAGAAUAUACACGAACUCAUGGGAGUAAUUAUCUUCAAAAACCAAUCACUGGGUAUGGUUUCGGAGUGGAUGGAGAAUGGCAGCCUUCACGAAUAUCUGCGCAAAAAUCGCAAAAUCGAUCAUGGCCAAAUGUGUGUUCAAAUCGCAUCCGGCCUUGCAUAUAUGCAUCGACACAACAUAGUCCACGGCGAUCUCAAAGCUAUGAAUGUGCUUGUAUCGACAGAAGGUAUAGCCAAGCUGACUGACUUUGGGUUAUCAUCCAUGCCUUCGACUAGCCUUGCCUUCUCGGAAACCAGUAACCAGUCUGGAUCGAUUCGCUGGGUAGCCCCCGAGCUCCUAUCUGCAAUGGAGUCCAAAACUAAGCGCUCCGACAUAUAUGCGCUUGCAAUGUGGUUCAUCUCCAUGUUCCCACUGAAAAAGAAUACUCAUAGGAAGUAUUUACGAGAGAUGUACCAUAUCCACAGUGCCAGUGGGAUUUCCAGGUCAUGA